AUGUUUCGUCUCAGCUCAAGCUGCAUUGCGCUCUCCCGCCUGCUGGAAUCCGUUACCACACAUCAACUAAGGAGAAGGAAUUCCGCUAAGGAACGCAGCUCCAAGCGAUGGUUCUCACAGCCGGCUCCCGCCUGCCGCGCGCUGAUCUGGCAGUGCUUCCGCGCUGACGCGGCCGCCGACGUGGGGGAUGACGUGGCAAGCGGAAGAGGGGGAGGGCAGGGAUGCGCGGAGGGUAGUGCAGCAGGCAGGAAGCGGAAGGCGGGGUUUGAGCCUGUGGUGCGGAGCCGACGCCAAUUGGACCCUUCUGGGAACUUUCUCAAGGGCGUGAAGUGGUCGCCAGAUGGCACGUGUCUAUUGGCUGCCAGCGAGGAUUGCUGCCUGCGCCUCUUUGACCUGCCUGCUGACAUCAUGCUGGCGUCAUCUGCCCCUUUUGACAUGGACAAUGAGGCCACACUCCCCAACCAAGAUUCCCUUUCAUCGGCAGUCACGGUCAGGGAGGGGGAGAGCAUCUAUGACUUCGCAUGGUUCCCUGCCAUGUCAGCAGCUGAUCCCGUGUCAUGUGUGUUUGCAUCAACAUCAAGGGACCACCCCGUGCACCUGUGGGAUGCCAUGACCGGCCAGCUGCGCUGCACAUACCGAGCAUAUGACCACAUGGAUGAGAUCGCUGCUGCGCUCUCUCUCACCUUCUCUGCUCACGGAGACAAGCUGAUCCUGGGAUUCCCGCGCUGCCUGAGGGUGUUUGACACGAGCGUGCCGGGGCGCGACUGCCAGCAGCACAGCACGGGCGCCAAGGGGCGGGGUCAGACAGGUCUGCUGUCCUGUCUGGCCACCAACCCAUUCAUGCCGGGGCUGCUAGCCGUGGGCUCGUACGACGGCACUGUGGGGCUGUAUGGCGACCUGGGGAGAGAGGCCAUGGCGGUGAUGCAUGGGCACACAGGAGGGGUUACGCAGGUGUUCUUCUCUCGGGAUGGCAACUUCCUCUACUCGGGUGCACGCAAGGAUCCAGCCAUCCACUGCUGGGACGUGCGCAACACAUCAGGCGUUGUGUACAGCAUGCAUCGGUGUGUGGCAUCAACCAAUCAGCGCAUUGCAUUCGACAUCGACCCCUCCAACCGCCACCUCGCCACAGGGGGAGAGGACGGUCAAGUGUGGGUGUUUGACCUCGCUACAGGCUCCAAGAUAGCAGCAUUCCAAGCUGCUCAAGAUACCGUCAACGGGUUUGCCUUCCACCCGUGCCUGCCGCUAGCCGCCACGUCAUCAGGCCAUCGCAGGUUCCACCUGCCGUCCCUCACACCUGCCAGCCCACCUGAAGCCGGCACUUGCUCACCUGAACCACCUGAAGCGGGGCACGUUGCUCCUAAGUCCGCAGUGGCAGGUGGUCACAACGCAACGGAUCGGCUUCACAAGUUCAACAACUGUGUCGCCAUGUGGCAGUUCCAAUGCACGUGGUGA